AGCCCUCUCUUCGGCCCCGCGGCCUCGGGCGGCGGCCGCGGCGCGUCUCGUCGGGCGGCGGCUCACGCGGCCCCCCUCCCCGCGGAGCAGCCGCCCGGGUGCCCAGGUGGGCGCGGCGCAGGGGAGGGAAGGUGCUCAUGGCCGGGGACGGCAAGAAGGCGGUGAUGGCCGACCUCCGGAAGACGAGGACCCUGAAGGACAAGGGCAAAAAGGUCCCCCGGGCGGGCAAGGGCAAGGCGCCGAAGCGCCCCAAGAUGCCCGGCGACGGCUCGGUGACCAAGCGCAAGAAGAAGGCUAUUCAGACCUACGCCAUCUACAUCUACAAGGUGCUGAAGCAGAUCCACCCGGAGUGCGGCAUCAGCAAGAGAGGCAUGAACAUCAUGAACAGCUUCAUGAACGACAUCUUCGAGCGCAUGGCCACCGAGGCGACCAGACUGCUGCGCACCACGAAGAAGAGGAGACCCUCACGUACCGCGAGGUGGAGACGUCGGUGCGGCUCAUGCUGCCGGGCGAGCUCUCCAAGCACGCGGUGUCGGAGGGGACAAAGGCCGUCACCAAGUACAGCCAGUUCGCAGCGUGAGGUGCGGCCGGGCUCCGCUCACCGCGUGAGGCCACGCGGCCCGCGCGGAGGGCGGCGCGCGCGAGGCGCGGAGGGGCCUCGUGUUUGGGGCCUGCAGCCGGCGCCCGGCGCCCGGGGGUUAGGGACGCCAGAUGCCGCGGCGGCAGUGAGGGGGCGCGACCAUCAGGGACAGCGAUAGAGGAGGUGUGGCCUGCAUCCGCGGCCGUCGGGGCGGGCCGGCCUGGCCCCGGCCUGCGGUGUGCCCCCCGUCGCAGUCGUCGGAGUCACCUCUCCGAGGCUAGUCGCUGCGCGGGCCGCAGCCCGCCCGAGCUCGCGCACCUCUUCGACUGUCGGACUCGCGCACCCCGUGGCGCCGCAGCAGGCGGAGCCGAGCCGCUCUCUCAAGCGGUGGCGAAGUCGGUCCCUGCUCAACCCACGGCCUCACGUGUUGCCCCCUGCGCGCCUCUGGCCACAGCAACUUGGCUGCCCAGUAGGCUGGCGGACACGUCGAGGCGCUCGCCGAGGUCGAUGGCGAAAGGGCCCAGGCCCACGAGCCAUGCACCCUGGUGGCCAGCACGGGUGGUGCGGCCACCUGAGUUGGCGGAUGAGCCUGAGCUGCUCCGACCCAGCUCCUCCUCGCUGCCCCCCAGUGCACGGCGCCUUGAGCAGCCUGCCAGGCCUCUUGCCCA